GGGACUCGGACCCGCACAUUUCCAUUGUUCCUCGGCGGAAUGAAGGAAAUGUCUUGGGUCUUCGCGCUCUUCCUCGUCUUUUCCAUAUGGGAUCCGUGGAACCCGAAGAGGGGCGCGCUGGUGCGCGGCGCGAAGGAUGGACGCUCCUUGGGCGGGACCUGGUCCUUCUCGCUCCAGCAGCAGGCCUGCCUCGUCGCCACGUCGCCCUUCAACUGCAAGUUGUGCAUUCAGCAAGCUGGACACUCUUUUUGGCUCUUCGAAUCCAUCACGACCAAGCAAUCGAUCCUGUCGGCCAUCGUCGCCUGUUUCACGAACGACACCAACCUGAACGUCCGAUACGGGACCUGCCGGGAUAACCUCAACGCAACCGCGGCGACGACCACGACCCCGGCUAAAGACGCAGUGAACUUCUCCCUCUGCGUCGGGAGGAUCAAUGCUCAAACCAUCACUGGGUAAUUCGUGCCUGGGUAAUUCGUGCCUGUCAUCCCCUUGAAACUUUUUGC